CCUGGCCUCUGCCUCAGUCUGGACGGUGUACCUGGGGAAGUUUCUUUUGAACAGAAGCAGCAGGAACGAGCAGUCCUUCAGAGUGCAGGAGAUCGUGUCUCAUCAUUACUACGACGAGGAGUCCCACGAUUACGACCUGGCCCUGCUGCAGCUGGACCGCCCCGUCGCCCCCAGCACCCUGGCACAGCCCGCCUGCCUCCCGGCCCGCACGCACCACCUCCAGCCCGGGUUCAAGUGCUGGGUGACUGGCUGGGGAUCCGCCGGAGAGGGGGGCCCCUCCAGUAACGUGCUUCAGAAGGUUGACGUCUCUUUGAUCACUCAGGAUAUUUGCAACCAAUCGUAUCGCUACAAGAUAUCUCCCAGGAUGCUCUGCGCUGGGUACCCAGACGGGAAGAAAGACGCCUGUCAGGGAGACUCAGGAGGCCCACUGGUUUGCAAAGAGCCGAACGGACGCUGGUUCCUGGUGGGCGUGGUCAGCUGGGGGAUCGGUUGCGGCCGGCCCAAUUUCUACGGCGUUUACACACGGAUCACCAAGAUGGUGGACUGGAUCGACGAGGUCACUUCCUGAAAGGAGUCUCAUUCCCAGUCCUUCACCUUUUGAUUUAGAUAGGCAACCCUAUUAAGGCUAUUACUGGGUUUGAAAAAAAGACACAGUCUGGUUCAACCCUUCUGUUUUGUCUACACUAAAAAAAAUCUGGUACGACGCUAGGAUUAGAAACGUUGCAGAAGCUAGGCUUUUACAAUGGGACGCUAACAUAAGGGAGUCGCUGUGGACUGUGUGUGUGUGUGUCUGUGUGCGUUCUGCCCUGGUUAAACAUUAAACUGCAGGGAGCUCGGAAUGGGUUUGUAAAUAAGAACUACAAAUAAAGGGAAAGAAAUAUGAA